CACACACACACACACAGAUAAGCGAGGAAGAUGAGAGCGAGAUGUUCCUUUCAACUGUCAAACAAUACUGAGCAGAGCUGCCAUCUCUCUCUCUCUCUCUCUCUACUCCAGAGGAAAGAUUCUUAUCUAGCAUUCACUGAAAGGCUCUUGCAUGCCUUGAUAGCAAUGCAGUGAAGAAGUCCCUGGAAAAAGCUUCCCCGUGUCUUUCCAAACUGCCAUAACUGUCUCCUACGCCAUUCUUGAUUAGUCGCCAGCACUACUGCUGUUCAAUCUUGGCGAAUUUGGUGUACUGUGUGUAUCAUGGCAGGGGAAGAAGAGGGUUUGGGUGGUUGGCCACCGGCGCCCACUGGUGCUCCGCUCUACCUACAGAAAGAUGAUCACUGGACGCACUUUGAUAACUCCGUGAAUGCAGUUUCUUUUGGCUUUGUAGCCACCGCAAUUCUCAUCUCCAUGUUUCUUGUCAUGGCUAUAUUCGAGAAGCUCCUUAGAACCACCUCGCCGCCCGCUGCCCCCCGCCGCCGGUCUGACAUCGAGGCCCAGAAUCAUAUUGGUGACUUCAAUGCCAAGAUUGGCUACCCAUUUCCUAAAACAACCGUCAAUGCAAGAGAAGUUUCAGUAGUGAUGCCUGGUGACAACGUUCCCACAUUUAUCGCACAUCCAGCUCCCGUUCCUUUCCCACCAGAGCGCUUGCGGUGGCCUUCACAUCAGCAACCACCCAACCUCCGCGCGCUGCCUAGCUUUAGUUGAAGUAGGUAAAUUUCAAGAUUCCGUGACCCAAUACGUGUAUAUACCAGCCCUUAUCAAACGUGAUGAGAGGCAUUCAAUUCUUUCACUCCAUCCUCUCAGGUUGCGUGUAAUGUAUGUAUUUAAUCCGAUGUUCUGCUAUAGUAAAAAAUUUAGCAUCGGUGUUUCAGUAGAUGAACCUGUGUUGUUAGUAUGUGUUUGUUUGUUAUGUUGUCUGUGGAAGCAAUUCAAUGGAUUAGUCACCCAUCAUACACGGGGAGAAAUGCGCUUGAAUCAUGCCUGGAGAACACACUAAACACUCCCUGUUAACAACUUAUGUCGUGACGGUAUCAAGUUAUCCAGCUCUUGCAACUUA